GGUUUUAAUUAGUAUCAUUCCCGUCCUUACCGUCGUCGAUCGCCAGCGUCGUCCCCUAGCCGGCACGGUACCACCUCGAUGAGUCGACAAUGGAUGUACGGUGACCGGUGCCAUCCCGAGUUCAUUAAUGGCAUGCAUUAUUUUCUCAGCGUGGCUGAGGCAAACAGGCGGUCGAAUGGUUUCAUGUAUUGUCCAUGUAGUUCCUGUAAGAAUAUGAAGGAUUACUCUACCUCAAAGACCCUUCACGUCCACCUGCUGGAGAACGGUUUCAUGCCCAGCUAUAAUUGUUGGACCAAGCACGGAGAAAGAGGGGUUAUAUUGGAAGACAACGAAGAAGAAGAGGAUAGUGACAACUAUCCCUUAUUCACUGAAGACGGUGAUAGUAGAAUGGGGGAAGACGAAGCUGAAGAAGAGCCCAUUUUCGAUGAGCCGAUAUUUGAUGACCCGGAUGACGAUUUGGGUCGGGCCAUUCUUGAUGCGAAGAUGAACUGCGGAAAUGAAAAGGAGAGGUUGAAGUUGGAGAAAAUGUUAGAGGAUCACAACAAACUGUUGUACCCAAAUUGCGAGAAUGGUCAGAAAAAGCUGGCUACCACGCUGGAAUUGCUGCAGUGGAAGGCAGAGAAUGGUACUUCUGACAAGGGAUUUGAAAAGUUGCUGAAAAUAAUAAAGAAGAUGCUUCCAGGGGAGAACGUAUUGCCCUCUACUACGUACGAAGCAAAGUAGGUUGUCUGCCCUCUAGGAUUAGAGGUGCAGAAGAUACAUGCAUGCAUCAAUAACUGCAUCCUCUACCGCGGGGAGUACGAGAAUUUGAAUGCAUGCCCUGUA